GGAGAAGCCUUCUGCCAAGAAGAGGCGGAGGUGUUGGUCCUCGUCCCGGGAGAAUCCUUUAUUGCGAUGGUUCAAAACAGUAGAAUGGACGCACACUUGAACCAGAGCGCGGGUUCCUUAAGAGGCUUUGUGUCUCACAUCAUGGCGAGCAAGUCAGGUGUGGUCCCCUCACUGGUGAUCAUGGAUGUUGAGAAGUAUUUCAGCUACAAGAAAAUCUCACGUUUGCUUUGUACUGACAGAGAUCAGAAGACAAAAGGUAAAAAGAUGCCGCAGGAUGGCGCCCGAGGAGGAAGGAAACGCAAACAAAAAGAUCUUCCAGAACCACCGAAACUUAGCAAAGUGGAUGUGGAGGAGGCUCUGAUGGUCUUGCAGCUACAAAUCAAUGUCCAUGUCUGGUUCCUGGAGACCUGGAAGCAAUUCUCAGACUUCAUCUGCAUGUUUAGCAAAGCUCUAGCGGAAGCUCCAACCAAGAGGCAGCGAGACAACACCUCUUUCUCCUUCUGCGUGGACGGUGACUGGGCAGGGGGGGUGCGUGUGGAGAAAUGCGGGAAAGGUUUGCUGGAAGUGUGGAAAAGGCAGAUUCAACAGUUCAACAGAGUCAGUGUGGAAGUUGCCAGUGCGGUGGUGGCAGCCUAUCCCUCCCCGCAGUUACUGAUUAAGGCCUAUCGUCACUGUCAGACCAACGCAGAGCGACACGGCCUCUUGAGCGAUAUCCUCGUGCGGCGUGGAGAGGGGGUAACAUCUACGUCCCGUCGCGUCGGCCCAGAAUUAUCCAAACGGAUCUACCUGCAAUUGACAAGCUCCCAGCCAGAGUUGUCACUUGAUUUAUGA